CCAAAACUAAACGCAUGCGCAUAUGACGGCCCCAGUUCUUUGACGCCAUUUGAAACAUCGCAGGACUGUUUUUCUUCAGAUAACAUUGAUUAAUCGGCGAGCCUAAGUACUGAGCUGAUUGUCCAUAGUGUCUUUCAGACAAAUGGAUGGCGAAGAGGACGAAUUCUUCUCCGGGAACCACUCUGAUGGUGGUGGCACCCCGGUACAGGACGAAAAUGCUCCCGGUUCAGAUGCGGAAGAGGAGAGGAAGGAGUCGUGCCACUCAGAGGAUGAGAAUAGUCAUGGUGAGGGAGCAGCUCAGGCCAUGGAGACAAACGGUUUGGCCAGUGGGUCAGACAACGAGGGCCACAAAAGGGAGGACAGUGACUCUGAGGAGGAGGAACCAGUCAAACGCGGCACCUCAGACGUAGAGUGCACCCCCCCACCCAAACGCAGAGGCAGCAACUCAGACGUAGAGUGCACCCCCCCACCCAAACGCAGAGGCAGCAACUCAGACGUAGAGUGCACCCCCCCACCCAAACGCAGAGGCAGCAACUCAGACGUAGAGUGCACCUCCCCACCCAAACGCAGAGGCAGCAACUCGGACAUUGAGGGUCCCCAAGUCAAACACAGAGGCUGCACCUCUGACAUGGAGGAGAAAGAAACCAAGCAGGCUGCAGCCGGGAGCGACUCUGAGAACGAGGAUCAGCCCCCGUCUCCAGCCCGGAGCAGACACUCGAAUGCACGCAGUGAUUCUGAGACGGAGGUGCCCGAACACAAAGCACAGAUCGAGUCUGAUGGAAAGGAGGAGGAGUGCGGUGAGAAGAAGGGGAAGUGGAAGGCUGUAAUGCAUUCUGACAGUGAGGAUGAGGUGGAGGCUCGGUCAGUGAAAGCAGCUGCAGGCAGUGGCCAGGAGAAGGAUAGUCCCGCAAAACAGGUGGUGGACGAUAGUGAGGAUGACGACGCAAUGCCAAUGAAGAGGAAGAAAGCCAUCCUGUCAGACAGUGAAGAUGAGGAGGAGAAGGCUGACGAACCAGCGUCGAAGAAGAGCCGCACCGUGUCUGACGACGAGAACUCUGACAGUAACGCAGGCUCAGAAGCGCCCGACAAAACCAUGGCCAAACUGCGGGAGCUGGGCUCAGAAAGCGAAGACGAGGAUGAUGGACAGAAGGCGGCAGGAGGGAAGAAGGACGAGAAAACACUGUUUGGUAGCGACAGCGAAUCAGGUGACGAAGAAGAGAAAAUGAUUGCAGACAUUUUUGGUGACUCAGGUGAUGAAGAGGGGGAAGAGUUUACGGGUUUCAAUCAGGAGGAUCUGGAGGGGGAUAAGAACCAAUCACAGGCCUCGGCAAAGAAAGCAAUGGCAGACGACUCGGACUCUGACGAGGGCGUGGACAGGGGUGGUGGCCAAGACACCAGCUUCAUGUCAGACUUUGACGUGAUGCUGGCUCGUAAGAAGGCCCAGAGCGGGAAGCGGCGACGGAACCGCGACGGGGGAACGUUCAUAAGUGACGCUGACGACGUGGUCAGCGCCAUGAUCGCCAAGAUGACAGAGGCUGCAGAGGAGGACAGAACACUGAACGCUCAGAAGAAGCCAGCCUUAAAGAAGCUGACCCUCCUCCCCACUGUAGUUAUGCACCUGAAAAAGCAAGACCUCAAGGAGACGUUCAUCGACAGUGGAGUGAUGUCGGCCAUCAAGGAGUGGAUCGGCCCCCUGCCAGACAAGAGUCUCCCGGCCCUCAAAAUCAGAGCGGAUCUCCUCAAGAUCCUACAGGAACUCCCCAGUGUGAGUCAGGAGACUCUUAAACACAGCGGGAUUGGCCGAGCCGUCAUGUUCCUCUACAAACACCCCAAGGAGUCGCGCCCCAACAAGGACCUCGCCCUCAAACUCAUCAACGAGUGGUCCCGCCCCAUCUUUGGCCUGACAUCCAACUACAAGGGCAUGACGCGCGAGGAGAGACAACAGAGAGACCUUGACCAGCAAAUGCCACCUAAAAGACUCCUCAGUCAGCCCCAAAAGGUGGAUAGGUCCAAGGAACCGGAUGUCUUCUCCCCGCAGCAACUCAGGUUCAGUGUGGUUGCAUGGUUGCUCCGCCUCCCGAGUGACUUUGGCUGCAGUCUGAUUUUCAACCUCUCCAGCUCAGGGGGACAGACUCCUCAUAGAGACCUGGAAAAAGUACUGACAGGAGAAGAGAAAGCUCUGCGCCCAGGUGACCCUGGGUUCUGUGCCCGAGCCAGGGUGCCCAUGCCAUCCAACAAGGACUACGUUGUGCGGCCCAAAUGGAACGUGGAGAGCGAGUCCAGAGCAGCCCCCGUUAAGAAGGGCGUGUCACGGGUGGACAAACAGUUGCGUCGCUUUGCCGACAUCAAGCGUAUGACGAAGACAGGCCACGCGGUGAAAAUCAGCGUCCAGGGCAACCGGAUGCCCCUCUGAUUUUUAAAAAACUUCUAGAUUUCUUCCGACUUUUUAUUUUAUUUCUCCUUUUUUAAUAUGUUGCUCCUAUAGCGUGGGCCUAGUUCAAAUGGUUCAUCCUCAUGACUUUCUUGAAGUGAUUGGCUACGUGAAAGCAUAGGUUUCACUGAUCCAGUAAUAUCAGAGCUGUGAUUUAUUCCAAGGAAGGGAGGAUAGAAUAAUGCAAUUAUUUCUUUGAUUUGGGCCAGGGUCCGUGCGCUUUAGCCAACUCCUCUAACUAACAUGACAAUGUUUAGACGAGUUGGCUCAAGCACAUGGGACCAUUCCCUAUACAAACCCCCUCAGCCCAGCCUGAAUGGAUGAUAGUGGUGUGGCUUCACAGGCUGGGAUAGAUUCACGUUACAGCGCGAUUGAGCAGACAUGCAGCGUUUACCAAACCAUUGCAAUCGCUCCAUAUUGUUUUACUUUGUUUCUAAAGAAGCUGUACAGACGUAGGAGCUGCCUGUGUGUCUCCACUGUGUGCUGGUUGGUUCCGAAGUUACUUUCAUAAUAAAGAGGGUUUCACCAGAUCUCUUGAUUUCUCUUCUUUAUUUGAGAAAGGUUACCUAUGGCCUUGAACUAUAUCAUUUCACUACUGUUGAUGUCUUAACAGGACGACGCAUUGAUUUGAGUGAAAUAAUUCAAACUACUUAUUGCAACACGUGUACUGUUAAGUUUAAAUAAAAUUUCAUAAGAGUCCUAAAACUUUGGGGUACAUUGUUUUUAAUGGGGCAGGGAAACUGAAAGUGCUCUGGGAACAAAAUCGUACCUGAUUAACAAUAUGCACAGUUUGUAUGUGGUCAAAUCUUUGGUAACUUGUAAUAUGUUAUUCACAAUAAAAUGAAAUAAGGUAA